AUGACUCCGUGUUCAAAUUUCGAGUUCCGGCGGACAGGUUAUUCGAAACCACUGUCCAGCGGUGGUCUCUUCGCUUGUUCUGGGAGCUCCAUGGUCGCAGCUUUGAACGGCGACAAGAUCUGGGCAUAUGGCUCGUCAUUUCUUGAACGUGAAACGUCGACGAAUGUUUCAUCUGGGCACAUUGAUCGGACCGGGCGCUUUAUAUGGCGGGAUAGAGUCGACCAGACGGUUGCGGAGGUCGGGUCGAUGAAGGAAGACGCGGCGGUGGUUGCGGUGGGCCUGGAGAGGCGGACGUCGACGCCGAUAUCUGAACGUAAAACAAAUGGGAGGUCGCCGGAGACGAAUCGUGACGGUCGAUCGGCGUGGCGAGAUGGUGUUCUUCUCCGGCGGCUGUACACUAACACGAAAUUUAAGUGA